AUGGUCUCGACUGAUAUGCCGGAGGAACAGCCUCCACUACAACCUAAAACGGAAUCUCCAGUGGCUAACAAAGAAACCGAAGACGUCAGCGAAGAUGUUUCUCAAGCCCUCGAGGAUGAUACCUUUAAAACCCUCAAGUAUUCCCUUCUUGGGCCAUCUCUGUUGAAAGCAGGACAAGACAAAGUUUCUGAGAUUAUAUACAAUGCAUCCAAGGGCUCCAAGUUCUUCAACCGCGAAGAAGAACGAGACAAGACCCUUACCCAAAAGAUAGAGCAAAUCAUAUCUCGCAAAACUCAGCUGGAGAAGAAAGAUCUCACCCGCGACCUGCGCAAUGCGGAUCGUCUUAUCGCCGAGCUUGAAGUCACUCGCGACUUGACCCAGCAUAUAGUACACGUGGAUUGCGACGCUUUCUAUGCAGCGGUUGAACAGCUUGAUCGUCCUGAGAUAAAGGAUCUUCCUUUUGCUGUUGGCAGUGGUGUCUUGACUACAUGCAAUUAUGUCGCCCGUAAGUUUGGUUGUCGGUCAGGCAUGGCUGGCUUCGUAGCCAAGAAGCUUUGUCCGAGCUUGAUCCUCCUCAAACCAAAUUUCCAGAAAUAUAAUGCCAAGGCACAUGAAGUACGGGAAGUUCUUGUCAAUUACGAUCCGCGGUUCGAGAGCGCUUCCAUCGAUGAGGCGUACCUGAAUAUCACAGAGUAUUGCCAGGAACACCAGAUGGACCCAGCAGAAGUUGUCGAGCAGAUGAGGCGAGAAGUUCACCAAAGGACAAACAUCACCAUCUCCGCCGGUAUUGCAGCUAAUGCAAAACUUGCAAAGAUUUGCUCAAAUUUCAACAAGCCCAAUGGGCAAUACGUCUUACCCAGGGAUCGACCUACCAUCAUGGCCUUUAUGCGCGAUCUGCCAACGCGAAAAGUCAAUGGCAUAGGUCGAGUUCUCGAAAGAGAACUUUUGGAAAUAGGCAUCAAAACCUGCGGCGAUCUUUACGAGUAUCGACAGUACCUAAAUCCACUCUUUGGCGAGAAAACUUCCGAAUUCUUGUUCACAUGCUAUCUAGGACUCGGCCGGACCAAGAUUCAGCCAGCGGAAGAAUACGAACGCAAGAGUGUUGGUACCGAGAGCACAUUCCGCGAUAUGUCUGAUCCAACCCAGCUCCGAGAGAAACUUCGGGCAACAGCCGAAGACUUGGAACAAGACAUGAAGCGCGCUGGAUGCAAAGGUCGAACCCUAUGCCUCAAAGUGAAAUUACAUACUUACGAAGUCUUCACCCGUCAGGCCGUCCUCCCGAGGGCCAUCUGGCUUGCAGACGACCUAUACAACUAUGCCCUCCCUAUUCUCACGAAGCUGGAGCAUGAUAUGCCAGGCAUGAAACUGCGUCUCAUGGGUCUCCGAUGCACACAUCUUGUCAGAACGAAGAAGCCAGACACCAUGGCUUUUUUCGGUUUCAAGCCUCGACGCACAGAUUCAGAAGACCGUAAACCAGAAGGGAGUCUCAAAAGGAAAGCAAGUGACGAUGACGAAGAAUGGGAACAAUGGCCAGAAGUCGACUUUCAACUUGACGACGCUGAUGGUCUUCUUGAGGGUUCAUCCAGUAAUCAGGAUACUCCUGAACAAUCUCCAGGUCGCAAACAUGGCAAGGAAAUUGCCCCUAACCCUACCAAGGCAGAUGCUGCUGAAGAGCAAUGGUGGGAUUGUCCCAUUUGCAGCAGGCCACAGGCUGCCGACGAACGCCAGUUCAAUGAACACAUCGAUCUUUGCUUGUCGAGGCAAACGAUCCGCGAGACUGUUCAGGCCGAUGGUUCGUCAGUAAGACGCGAAUCGACUCCAGAGAGCAAAAAGCCACGGACAGCGGAUAAGAAGAGGGGGAGACCAAAGGUGCCCGAUCCUAAACAACGGCAGCUGUUCUUUGGUUGA